GAGUAAUCAAAGACUUCCAGAAGAGGCAGCAGGAGACUCAGACCAACUUAGAGUAAAGACAGAAUCUCUCAGCUAAAAGAAACAUGGGGCCUGGUCAAUCUACACUGGAAGCAGCUUCGGCACACAUACAAAGAGCCGCCAUUAUCAUGUACUGCUUGAUAAUUAUAGUUGGAACUCUCGGCAACGCUCUGGUUAUCUACGUGACGGGAUUCAAAAUGAAGAAAACAGUCAACUCAAUUUGGUUUCUCAACUUGGCCAUAGCUGACUUCCUUUUCACAGCCUUCCUGAUGUUCUCAGUCAUUUCUCUCUCUCAGAGUCACCAAUGGCCUUUUGGACAAUUCAUGUGCAAGCUCAACAACUUUGUGAGUUUAGUCAACAUGUUUGCCAGCAUCUUUACUCUGACAGCUAUAAGUUUGGAUCGUUGCUUGUCCAUCUGGGUGGUGGUGUGGGCACAGAACAAACGCACAGUCUGCAAAGCUCAGAUCAUAUGUGUUGGUAUCUGGGUGACUGCUGCAAUCUGCAGCACUCCUUAUGCCACUUUUCGCACCGUGUUAGGAGAUAAUGGGACAUAUUACUGUAGUUAUUCUAUGGCACAUGAACAAAAAUGGAGUCUCCACAUUUUUCGCUUUCUCAUGGGCUUUGUGAUCCCAUUCCUGGUAAUAGUCGUCUCUUAUGUGGCCAUAGGCAUACGUGCAAUGCGCAUGCAGACAACAAGGAGAAGGAGAUCUCGCAGAAUCAUUUUUGCCAUCAUUUUUGCAUUCUUCAUCUGCUGGUUACCCUUCCAUGUUUUUAAUUUUAUAGAAAUAAAGGCUAUGAAUAACCCAGACCUCUGGACCAUUGUUAGAAUCAUGGGUCCUCUGACUGUGAGUCUGGCUUUUCUGAACAGCUGCCUGAACCCCAUCCUCUAUGUUUUCAUGUGUGAAGAAUUCAUGAAGAAGCUUCGGCAGUCAAUAUGUUUUGUACUUGAGAGUGCUUUGGCAGAGGACCAUGUGUCAUUUAUGUCCACUCGCUCCAUGUCAUCAACAUUUUCAAGGAUUUCCCGAAAGUCAGAUGCUGCCACAACUUUAGAGAAGAUCAACCCAGCUGCUUUAGAAUCCUGCACAGGAAGCAAAGUCGUCAUCACUGAAAAGACACUGAGCACUUAAUAAGAUCUCACCAAUAGAUGAUGAAAUAAAUCAAUAAUGCAAGUUGUUCAUCUCAUCUCUUUGAAACAUAUAAUGUUGGUACCCUGGGUCUGAUUAUUAUGGGUGUCCUAUAAGUCUGUUGGGGUAAGGCAUAAUAUAAUUAUGCAUAAAACAAUAAUCAAACCAAAUCAGUCAGAUUAAGUUCUUGAUUAAUC